CGGUGGAUAUUGAUACUCUGGAUUUCUUUUCCCAACUCACCACAAGACUACUUCCUCCGGUUCCCGCGUCACAAGCCUGGUGACACCACCAUCUUCGGGCCGUUGAACACACUCAUUAUCUCAAACGUGGGCAGAAUCAAGAAGCUGAUCCUACUUUCCUGGUAUCCCAAGUCCUACGGCGAAGACACCGAUCCGAUCAUGAAGGAGCUCCUCAGGCUGAGGGACGGAAGUGCGCAGACGAUGGUUGAUCAAGCACGGCAACCAGACGCUGGCUCCGGGUCUUCUACUGAGCGGCAUGUCUCCCAUCACAAGGUGCCCAGGCACCACUAGUCUUCCACCCAUCCACUUUACUUUUUCUUCUUGUUUCUUUCAAAUAACAG